UUGGCAACUUUAUUACCGACAUCCAAGGGUUCAUCGCACGCGAUGACGAGCGCAAGGAGUUUGUUGUCGCAUUGAGAGGAAGGUGGGUCGGCGGAUGAACGUUUACUGUACAGAGACCCAGUGGGGCCAGUGCAUCUGUUACGGACGCAUUGCUCGACAUGAAUAUCUUGCUGGUGCCGUUCUUGACUCCUGGUGUCCAACUGCCUUCCAAAGCCCGCGUUCAUGCUGGAUUCUUGGCUGCAUGGGACUCGGUCGCGACGCAAAUCACCGCCACUCUAACUGCCCAGCGCAUGGUACACUCCGGCUACCGGCUCGUGACUGUUGGACACUCAAUGGGCGGUGCACUGGCCACUCUCGCCGCCGUCUCGCUUCUCCAGCUCUUCCCGGCGUCGCCGAUGUUGGACCAAACGCGCACUUACUCUUACGGUGCCCCUCGUGUCGGAAACGAGGCUUUUGCCCACCACGUUAACACGCAGCUGGGUCACAGAGCAUUUCGAGUGGUCCAUGCUGAUGACGGCGUUCCGACGAUGAUCCCGGUUUCUCUCGGAUAUCAUCACCACGGGAUCGAAUACUGGCAGCAGCGCGACCCGCCGUCACACUUGAACACGGUCCAGUGCUCUGCGAGUGGUGAGGACGUCUUUUGUUCUGCGAGUAUACCAUCAAAGGGCAUCACACUCGCGCAUGCCACGUAUCUCGGUAUCAGUAUCGGCACCUCCUUCUGUUUUUGAGCACAUUGCAGUACAUAAUUUUAAUCCAUCUGUAUGAGACUCAAUGACCAUGAAACACCAACUUGGGAUAC